AUGACAAACAAAUCCAUUUCCUCACACAAUUCACAAUGGAAACGAAAAGGGCAAGAGUUGAAGACUGAAGACCGCAAGAGCUACAAGACAAUUCGGCGACGGGCAAACUAUGAAGUCGAAGGCCGAAGGCGAAGGGAAUACGUGUACAACAUGCUCCAAUUCAGCUAUGGAUGGUACUUCGCGUUCGUUCAAGGAUGGGUGUAUAUAUUCUUGAUUUACUUGCAAGGCUUCACUCCAAAGCAAAUGGUGAACCCAUGGAAGACUUAUGUGAAGCUCUCUGCUGUGCUCAUGGGUUCAAAUGGACUUACCAAAGGCUCUCUGGCUUUUCUCAACUAUCCGGCACAGCUCAUGUUCAAAUCCACCAAGGAAUUAUACAUUUAUGGUAUCGCACAACAGCCAUAG